GUAAUAUUUCUUCUUACCAUAUGUUAAAUAUCAUCUUGAUGUCAACAAAUACGAGUGUUUUUUGUUUUUGUUUGUUGCCACUUGCCAAACAUAUUUUUUUUUACUCAAACACUGAACUAAAUAAGUGAUUUAGACAAUUUUAUACCAAUCAAUUUCGAUAAUAUUUAAAUAACAAUGGAAAAUGGUGUAAGAGUAAAUGAUAAUAGUGAGGAGGUUGAAAAACUAACACUAAAAAUCAUAAAUAAUGACAAAAUGAAAGAAUCAAAUGAUGACAUUGAUGCAUUAUUUCCAAUUCCAAAUUUUGGAAUUGACGUUGGUGAUGUACCAUUGAGCAAAGCACUUGUUACAAAAUGUGAUUUAUUUUGGAUUUGUGUAUCAAUAUUAACUCAUUUAAUUGACAUUGGUGCUGAUUUAAAUCUUGCAAGAAGUUAUUAUGUUGGUGGAAUGUUUGGAUACUUCAUAUGGACUGUUAUUUUCUUAUUUGCUCCAUCAUUUAUCAACAUCAUUGUCAGCAUCAGAAUGUACAAUCAAGACUGCGAGAAAAAUGCAGAAAAUUAUAAAACACAAACACUUGCUAAUAAAACUGUUCGUAAUGUUUUAUGUUGGCCAGCAAUUUUGAUAUUUCAAUUAGCACCAGUAUUACGUUACAUUGAUUGUUUUAAUUUUGCAUUAAAAUCAUAUAAUUACAAAGCUAAAGGUGAUAAUUUAAAACAAAAAAAAUAUUAUCUUAAAAUGUUAAAAGAAGAACAAGAUAUUGCACUUUUAAGAGUAUUUGAAUGUUUUCUUGAAGCAGCACCACAUCAAAUACUCCAACUAACAAUAAUGAUGAUCAAUCAUGAUGAACAAAAUAUCAAUUCAAAUUUUAUUCAUCAGUGUAUUUCGAUACUAAGUUCAUUGAUAGGAAUGGGCUGGGCAAUGGCAUCUUAUCAUCGCAGUAUAAGACUUGCCCAGUGGGACAAAGAAAAUAUCACUGCAAUUGGAAGUUAUCUACAAUUUUUCUGGCACUUUUUUAUCACUGUUUCAAGAAUUGUUGCAAUCAGUGCAGCAGCAACAGUAUUUACAAUGUACACAUUAAUUGUUGCAAUAGUACACUGGAUUAUAAUGACAAUUUGGAUAUUAUUUAGACCAUCUGGUGUUGAACAAUUUUGUCGUGAUCUUAGAAAACCUCCACAUGCACGUCUUACUAUUGUUGAAAAAAUUAAAUCAUGGCUAUUUGCUUCGGUAAUUGGUGUUAUAUCUAUUUUUACAUAUUUAAAACCAAGUGAAGGACCAACAUACUGGCGACAUGCAUUUUAUUAUACUAUUUGUGGUAUUGAAAAUGUUUUUGCUUGUUUAAUAUGGAUUUAUUUUGAUGUUGCUGUUACAAAAUGGUAUUAUGAAUUAAUUAUUAUUCUUUGUACAGCUCCAUUUAUUCUUGGAAUGUCAUUUAUGAUUAUUUAUUAUCAAUUUUUUCAUCCAGCAACUAAAAAAAAUAUUGUUAAUCAAUAAUUUAUUUGAUUUAUUUUCUUGAGAAUCUCAAAUUAUUUGUACCAGUGCAUUUAUACUUUUAUAACUUUUAUAAUGCUUUGAUUAGAUUAUUUUAAGGAUACAAUUAUUAAAAAAGAAAAAUAUUAAACUUAACAUUUUUUAAAUGUUAAAAUGGGUUUAUAUUUUUUGUUGAAUGUUUAUUUAAUAUUUAGCUCAAAUGUUGAAAUUUAAUAUUCAAAAAAAAGUAAUAUUUUCAAGAUAAAUUUCGGAGCAAAACUGAAAUAUUAAUUUUAGUUUUCAAUUCAACAAAAUAUAUAUUUUCAACUGCCUAUUUUUGUUGAGAAAAAAAUAUUGAUAUUAUCAAUUAACCAUGACAUAUUUUUAUACGAUAAAUUAAAUUUAAAUAAAAAAAAAUUAUAAUAAACACUCAAGACUAUAUUUGUAA